GAUUUGUGUUGACACUUGAGAGCCGAGACAGCCUACGGGAAAUACACAGGCCUUCCUACGUUACAUUUCCACCUUGCAAAGAUAAGGAGAAACGUCUAAUCCUUUCCUUUAACACCGGGAGAUGUUCAUGACCGUGCAGGGACUGCGCGACGGGGCUACACGGAGUCGAGGCGAAGCGGACGUUUUCGCAGGUUGAUGAACCUAUUUCGGCACUGAGGAGGGGAGCCAACACAAGUCAAUACAUGGUGUUAGUCUGUAUAGGCAGUUAGGCAGGUUUAUAUUAAAAGGAAUGAUAGGCGGUGCAAUCUAAUUCCUGGAACUAUAGACCUCCGGCCAGAAUGACAUACCCUACGUUUGCAGGCUAGAGUUUAUUCGCUGAAGUUAACGCUCAGACUUGGGCUGCGAACAGCGUGUAGGAAGCUAGUGUGCCAGUAAAAACACCGUCCGUCUUGCACAUUUGACAGAUAACCAAUCAAAGCUGUUAUUCAAAUCGGUCCCCUUAUGUCAGUGACCUAUAUCUCAUGCAUGUGCGCGAAGAGCCCACAGUAACCGCUCCACCAGACCAGACAGCAUGGGGACCAAUGGGCUAGACAAUCAAGCGGAACCGUCCGGCGGAGAGUCCCGGACGGAGCAGCCGGCUCCAGGUCCUCAGGUGGAGCAGAUGGAUGCACCUCAAGAACCAGACAGGAGAAAGGAUAAUCAUGUGGACGGUAGCGAGGGUAACAUUGUGAAGGAAGACAGCAAUAUGCAGCUGAUCGAGACCGGGUGCAAGCUACCGUCCACCCCAGGGUCGGACUCCGAAACGGGGGUGCAGAUAGAGAAGCCCGAUCACGGAGCCGGGUUCGACCCACCCGAAGGUGGUUUCGGCUGGCUGGUGGUUUUGGCUGCAACCUGGUGCAACGGGUCGAUCUUCGGGAUUCAAAACUCUUUCGGUAUCCUGCACACGAUGCUGGUGAAGGAGCACACAGGCCCCGACGACCAAACGUCCCAGUUCAAAGUGGCCUGGGUUGGGGCCCUAGCCAUGGGCAUGAUCUUCUUCUGUUCACCUGUGGUCAGCAUGUUCACAGACCACUUUGGCUGUAGGAAGACGGCUGUCAGUGGGGCAGCACUGGCUUUUAUAGGGCUGCUCAGUACAGCGUUUGCAAAUUCCUUGAUCCUUCGCUACUUCACAUAUGGCAUAUUGUUCGGCUGUGGCUCCUCCUUCGCCUUCCAGCCCUCAUUGGUCAUCCUUGGUCACUACUUCCGCCAGCGACUGGGUCUGGCCAACGGUGUGGUGACGGCUGGUGCCAGCCUCUUCUCUAUGGGCCUCCCGGUGUUCCUCAAAGAGGUGGUGGAACCUCUGGGCCUCAGCAGAGCGUUCCAGAUCCUCAGUCUCUUCAUGCUGGUACAGGCCUUGCUGGCACUAACGUUCAAGCCUUUGCUCCCUGCUGGGGGAGGCAUGGGCCCACCAGGCAUUGACCCCAACCCUGCUGAAUCCCAAACUCAAGCUACUGUUCAGGGUGGGAGCAGGUCAAGCAGGGCGAUAACCACCAUCAGGAAGUACUUCAACCUGCGUGUGUUUCACAUCAUCACAUACCGGGUGUGGGCAUUUGGAGUAGCUACAGCUGUGUUAGGCUACUUUGUGCCAUAUAUCCAUUUGAUGUAUUUUGUAAAGGAGCAGUUCAAGGAGACUGAAAAGGAGUGGGUAUUCCUUGUUUGCAUAGGAGCUUCAUCAGGGGUGGGGCGCCUCACUUUUGGCAAGAUUGGGGACCUCAUUCCUGGUCUACAGAAAGUCUACAUGCAGGUGGUGUCCUUCAUGGCUCUUGGCCUGAUGUCCAUGAUGAUUCCUCAGUGCUCCGUGUUCGAGGGGCUGGUGGUUGUGUGUGUGUUUCUGGGUCUGUGUGAUGGAUGCUUCCUCACCAUGAUGGCUCCCAUAGCUUUUGAGCUUGUUGGGCCCAUGCAGGCCUCGCAGGCCAUAGGUUACCUUCUGGGCCUCAUGGCUAUCCCUAUGACCGCAGGUCCACCCAUCGCUGGUCUCCUACAUGGUUAUUUUGGGAAUUACACUGUGGCCUUCUCCCUGGCUGGGGUGCCUCCGAUGGUGGGGGGUGUGGUGCUGUUCUUUGUGCCCCUGAUCCACCGCAGGCUCCAGCGAGGCCAGGCAUCACCAGAGGAGACGUCCACGACUGCCCACAUGUUGCCCAGUGCCCCACCGGCUGAGGAACCCAAGAGCUGCUCCAAUGGGGACAUCCUGCCCGGCUAUACUGAUGUGGAGACACACAUCUGAUCAGAUCUCACAAAGGGAUUCAGCCCACCAGCACCUUUUCUCAUCCAUAGAUUGCCCUCCACCCAACCAGAAGUCUCAACUAUGGACUUCCUGUUGACUGAUCUUUAACCUGCCACCAUCCAAGACCCCCUCCCCCUUGGCUGUUUUCUUUUUUUUUUCAUGUGAAGAGAGGUGGAAUAGGGCGCUCUCGCUACAAGCCACGAAGUGGAUGAAAAGAAGGCACAUCAGCUUUGGAGGUGGAUAAAAGUGGAUAAGCACAACAUAGUCUCAGCUAGUAGUAACACAUACCUCUAAGAGGAAGUAAACGAAGACUAAAAAAGCAGUAGUUUCUGAUUUUAUAGCAUUUAAUUGUGCUACCUUAGCUUUUGAAGCUGUAAAAAAAUACUGUUUUGUUUUUAGAUUCUACUUCUGAGAUGAAGAGGCAUAUAUAAAAUUACUAGCGAAGGGAUAAAGUCAAAAUGUCUUUAUGUCGUACCUCAGACAUCUGAUUUUUUUUAACACAAUGUGUUUUAUUUAGUUCGUGUAACUAAAACAGUUAAAUUUCAAAUGAUUUGCAGCUUUGCUGUAUUCAGCUCUGCGCUUCUGCCUGUGUUUUCUGCUGUGACAGCUACAUGAGAAGCAUGCGUAUUUGUUGUACACGUCACAGAGGGUAGCAGAUAUUUCUACUAGUAGAUGAGCCAGCAGACACAAACCACCUCAACUCAGCUGCAUGCGAGUUUUAGACCCUGGCUGCACUUUCUGUUCACACCCAGGGUCUAAAACUUCAGCAAAAUUUCGUCACCAGUCUGCGUCCAAGGAGGACGUGUGUGUAAUGGUGGCAGCUGUUGAUUCCACUGAUUCAUAUGCAAUGAACCUUAGUGUGUUAGACCUGUUACCAUUUUUCAAGGUUACGUCAGUGACACCGCACCACAGUUAAUAGAGGGAUUUCUCAUGAAUCUGUAAAGCAUUCAUGUUUUUUCCUAUCAUCAAAUUCCACAGUUUUUUAUCAGCCUAGCAAUUUUUUAGCAGGGUGCUACACAAAUCUGAAUUAACUGUGUUUGAUACAGCUUUGAACAGUUUUGUGCUUUGUAGGUGUGGAAAUAGUUGGAGACAAGCAGUUGUUAUGGGAACUUAAUGGCUGUGAACAACGUAGACUUUGUCCAACUUCUUUGCAAAAGUGUGUGUGUGCGUGCGUGCGUGCGUGUGUGUGUGCGCGGCUGCAUGCUUGUCUAGUAAUCUUACAUUGAGUUUUAGACCAUUGGGUGAGGACAUUUUGGCAAGCCCUCAUGUUCUGACGUCCCUGUGGCCUGUUCAAAGGUUAAGACGUGGUCUAAGGAUUGUUUAGAAGCAGGUUAUGGUUGGGGUGUUAGUUGGGAUGGUUAGGAUUAAGGUUAGGGAUGAUGAAUUUCCUCAUAAAGAUAGCCAUCCAACAUGUGCGUGUGUGUACACGUGUGAAUUUGCAUUUAAUACUAGAAGCAUUUAUUUAAUGUGAAACUAAGAUAAGUCUGUUGACAAGAGGGAACUACAGAGAUGAAAAUCCCUCAUCAGGCCAUCUCACAGAUAAUCUAGCCAGUUUGCUGCUUUGGCCAUUAUGAGGGCAUCACUCACUGCUUUGGCAGAAAUGGAGAAAAUAAAAAAGUUGCAAUCUUGCUGAGAUACACUGUUCCCUCGGGAGGACAAUCUGCAGUUGCUGUUAUGUCUCAUAAACAUUUGGACCACUUACCUCCGCGCUCUUAGAUUGCAAGUUCUCCUAAACAAUGAACUUCAGCAAACAGAUGUGAAGCAGAGCUGCAAUAAUCAACUGUUUGAGUUAUACAGUACUCUGUGGUUCUAUGCAUAACUGAAUUGCAAAGGGGGAAACUGGCAAAGGUCAGUGCCGUGGCAUUCAGCUGGUAUUUCUUUCUGUCGGUCUCCCUCUUUGCUUUCACUGCCAUUACUCAGUCUGCUUCUUCUUGACAACAGAUCAGAGCAUAAAAGCUACACAAACCUCACUGCUGAGUGCAGUUUUUCUACAAGCGUUGCUUUUGGACAAACAGUUCUUGAUUGGAAACAUACACCUGUACCUCAGUAAUCAAACAAUCCUCAGCAAUCCAGUCGAACACUUUGACAUUAUCCAUUACUUUAUAAUGUUGCUGUUCUGCGUUAAGAUUUUUUUUUUCUUUCAGUCUGAGAGCCACAAAGCUGCCAAAUGUCUUUUGUCAAACAGUCUCCUCCAAAACCUCACGAGUGUCUGUUUAGGUACCACAGAAGAGUUGGUGCGUAAUCAGUUUUAUUCUUCGUCCUUGUUUGGCCUUUGGAUCCUUUUCCUCUGUUGUUUUCAGUCCUCACCAUUCCCGCUCUUCCUGCACAUUCACUGAUUGUUGUCACCGAAGUUUCUCUUCAUAAAAUUGUCUGCAACUGAAGAACUGCUGUUAUUUAAGCAUCCAGAUAUCCUUAACUAAACAAGAUGGGAUACAAGAGCAUAAACAGUGCAUAUAAUGAUAUGCACGUGCUGGAAAGCAAAAUCAGAGGUCUCUAGUUUGGUGGCGUUAGAUUUUACUGGCAGCGUAAACUGUUGUUAACAUAAUUUGCAGCUGCUGCUGGCCAACAAAAAAAGAUUGUAGUAAUUAUUAAAAAAGUAUGGGUUUGUACCAGUCAUAUAAACUAACACUUUAAACAUAAUAAUAUUUCAGAUGAUUGAGUGUGAAUCAGCCUCCAAGCAAAAGUCCUUUAUUUAACCAAAAUUGUUACAGAUUUUAUAAUUAUUAUCAAUGAUUUCAGGAGAUGCUUGCAGAAGUGCAAAUUCAGUAUGCUGUAGUAGCCUUGAGAGUUGAUUUAUAUUAAUGUGAUGUGCAUCCACCCAUAUGCAAACAUAAUAUUUUAACUGAAGCAAUUUAAAGAGGCAGCCUUUAAUAAAUAAACUAAUAUCCUGUUUCUGUACAACGCCAGUUCUACUGCUGCUCAGACUAGGGGCCUGUGUCAUUCAAAUCCCACAUAUUGGUUUAAAAAUAAAAAGAUAAAAGUGAGUUAAAAGUAAUGUCGUAAGAUUAUGUCCUUUUGGGUGACCCCAGUUGUAAAAGGCCAUUUGGUUAUGCACAGAUUCUAUCCAUCCAAACAAAAUGUAACAGAUGUAUUUUUUUUUUGUUUUGUUUUUUUAGCAUCUCAUUGACUGUGAACAUAUAUUUUUGACUUAUUUUAUGUUGAGUAUGUUGGCACCUUGUUAGUGUUUUCCAAAACACAUUUUUUGAAGAAGAAAGUGAGACAAUUUAGUCACAGCAGAAACUUAAUUUUGAAAACAGAUCUGCCUUACAUUAACCUAAAUCUGGUAGCCUGGCUGUACACCUGACCAAAAUAUGGUUCCAGAUUCGAGAGAAGAAUUAAAACCAUAAAAUUUUCAAAUAUUAGUGCUGCUCUUCUACUGAUUACUUCUCAGUUUUUUCACAGCGUCAUCCAGUUUCUGGUCAGAACCAGCUGAAUGCUUCUCAUUUUGUAACCUACUGUAGAUUAAGAUGCAGAAAAACAACAUAUAUUAAUAUCAUUUGUAAUGUUAUUUUAAUUAAUCAUAAUUUUUGUGAUACUACUGGAAAGAGAACUGUUGAGUUAGUCUAUUUGUCCAGAUCUGAAAUAAUAUAUAACGGCGAAGGAGCUGAAUGAAUGAAGAAUGAGACACAUGAGGACAUGUGUAUGGUUGCACUGUGUCUGCUAAAACUAGUUUGGCUUGGCAAAGCCUUUUCAUCUAUGCAGCAUUACGGGAUUCACGGUCCACUUCCUGAAGCCACAUUAAUUUCAUUCUGAUCAUGUCAGACUGUAAUGACGAAUGUUCGCUUGGACUACAAGUUGCAUUUGUCUCUGUAGCACUCAAAUCUGUAGCCUGCAGUAGUUCAGGAACAGCUAAACCUACAGUAGAGCCCCUUUUAUUGUACCUAAACUGAGUAUGUACUACUAACACUACUGCUUGUUUCAAUUAAUUUUUUUUUUAUAUUUUGUAAUAUUAGAAAGUUUUGAGAUGUUUUCGGAGGUUGUAGCUUCAAAGAGGCACAUUAAACGCUGACUUACACAUGAACAGGCAAUGCUACUGUAGCACGAGCCUCUGUGUGUUUUAUUGUUUGUUUCUUUCAAAAACCGUCAAAAACAGGUCCGAUAAACUAAAGGUGUUUUUGCUAAAUGCAUCACAUUUACUUGUGUUUUUUUGUUACAUUUUUAAAUAACAGAUCAACUUCUUUCACCAUUUGCUUGAUUUUACUGCCAGUAUUUGGUCAUUUGCGAGAAAACAGAACCGGGCCUCUUGUCUUGUUAGGCUUUCCCCUGACUUGAAGUCAGUCCAACUAUUGCAGUAUCCAGCCUUGUUAUUCUGUGCAAUGUGUCAUUUCUCAGUCGCUCUUACUGUGUAACUCUGCUUUCUGUUUAACAUCUGUGUUAAAGUGUAGCUGAGGGUCUCUAUAUUAUAAGCUGAGCCAUGAUUUUCAGAUUGUUAUGGACCACUUCCAGCAAGAACACAGUUUCAGGAUUUUUUUCCUUAGUUUCUUUCUGUCACAUCUGAAUAAUAUAUAGACCAUUCCAUGUUCCAUAUGCUGUAUUCAUGUAUUUUUUAUUUUCUUGAGUGUAGGCAUCAUGUUUUCACAUCUAUAAAUAUUGCUUUUAAUGUUUUGCUAGUGAAACACUCAGUGGUCAAAGGUUUUUUAGCACUCUCCCCAUUUUCCAUGUACUUAUUGAGUUUUAAGCAGUUCAUGUCCAGAGAACGACCUUAAAUGGAACAGAGGUAAACAGUAAACUGCUACAAAAACUGAAGUAAGAAAAUCAUUUACUGUAGCAAUGCAGUGAAACUAAGCCUUGAAAGUAGAUGCAAACAAUUGGUGCAGGGGCAGCCAAACUUCUGUGCAUUAGUCACAAACCUUCUGUGGCGGUGCUGUGACAAGCUGUGCUACGACUCCCUCUGAUGCGUUUAGACUGUACAGCAGGAGUGCUGAGAAACAGUGAAGUCGCUAAUCAAGAGAGGGAUUUAUUCUAACUCAGUGACCCAAGUGUUAGAAGGAACUAGAGGGCCAGCUUCAUAUAAUCGAAGAAGAGCACAGUCUUCAGGCUUAAACCCCAUCAAUCCAGUUUGGGAUGAACUGAAAGCAAAUUGUUCUGUUUUGAUAUUACGCUGUGAAAUGCAGUUACUGGAAAAGUGGAGGUGUGCUGAAACUCUUGACUGACUCUGUACAUUGUCUGUAUGGUUCUGCGGUGAUGCUCAGCUGAGACCUCCUCACAGUCUUACAUAUUAAAGUGUGAGUCAUGUUUCAGUACAGGGCUCUGCUAAACCUUCCUUCUCUAACCUCCAGUAAGGUUGCUGCAGUUAAACCUUUGUUGCCUCUCUUCACUUCUUAAAGCUGCCAGCUUCUGUCCUCCUGUCCCACCCAAGCUGUACCUUUAUUUUUAAUAUAUAUAAAAAUAUAUUUCAGUUUUAGUCAUUUUACAAAAUGAUCAAACAAGGCCAGUGACAUCACACGAUCUGAGAUUAAGUCAUGCUGCUAGAAAAAUUUAUGUAAUUUUUGUGUUUUUUUUUUUGUUAUUAUUUUGAAUCUGUAUUAAAAGAGGCACAUUUUUUUUCUAUUAAACCAAUAAUAAAGAUGUAAUAUUCCAACUCAUGCUGUUACUU